AUGACGAAUGUUAAUGCAGAUCCAGACCCAUUGCAGGUGGAAAGUGGCGAUGACAAAAUCGAGCCACCACCAUCACCACCAGGGCCUGCUUUUCAUGGCGGGAGCAAGAAUGUGGUCUCUCAGAAAUUGAGUGAAGUCAAUUUAACCCUUGGAGGAAUUGAUCUGAACAGCUCAGGCAGUGUGGUAGUUAAAGAAGACAAGAAAUUGAUCACCGUGCUCUUCACCGAUGGCCGUGAUGGGCGAGCUUUCACGCUCAAGGCAGAAACACUGGAGGAUUUGCAUGAGUGGAAGACUGCACUUGAGAAAGCCAUUUCAAAUGCUCCUAAUGCUGCUCUUGUCAUGGGACAAAAUGGUAUAUUCAGAAAUGAUCAGACUAAUGGAACCGAUCAAUCUUCAGAACAUUCGAAAGACAAACAAACAUCAAAAUCAUUGGUAAUUGGAAGACCGAUUUUACUUGCCCUGGAAGAUAUUGAUGGCACUCCGUCUUUUUUGGAAAAAGCUCUUCAAUUUCUUGAAGAGCAUGGAGUCAAAACAGAAGGUAUCUUGAGGCAAGCUGCUGAUGUUGAAGAUGUUGAACGUCGAAUACAAGAAUAUGAGAAAGGAAAAACAGAGUUAUCCCCCAAUGAAGAUGCGCAUGUUAUAGCUGACUGUAUAAAGUAUGUACUUCGCGAGUUACCUUCAUCACCAGUUCCUGCUUCUUGUUGCAAGGCUCUCCUUGAAGCUUGUCGAAGUGAACGUAGCAUGAGAAUAAAUGUUGUGCGUUCAGCAAUAUUGGAAACGUUUCCAGAGCCAAACCGUUGUUUAUUGCAGAGAAUUCUUAGGAUGAUGCAAAAAGUGGCUUCAAAUAAGGGGGUGAACAGAAUGAGUGUAUCAGCUGUGGCAGCUUGCAUGGCUCCCUUACUCUUACGCCCUCUUCUUGCUGGUGAUUGUGAUCUUGAUCAGGAUUUUGAUGUCGGAGGUGACAACUCUCUUCAACUUCUUCAAGCAGCAGCUGCAGCUAAUCACGCUCAGGCCAUUGUUAUCACUUUGCUUGAAGAAUACGACAAUAUCUUCGGGGAUCAUGCAGUUACCCACGAACCGUACACUGAUUCAGAAGAGAGUGGGAGUGAAAGUGAGGAAAUUACAGAUGAUGAUGAGGAAGAAGAAGAAGAUAAUGAUGAUGAUGAUGAUAGCUUUGAUGAAGAUGAUUCCACUGAAGACUCCAAUUCUUAUGUGGACCAAGAUUCUGACCACCAAUCAACUCCUAGUACAACUAAAACUGGUGAUGACAGAUGCAGUAAAAAGUCCCCUGGAAGUUCGGGGUCCAAGUCACCUCGAGUAGACGAUAAUGCCAUUGAUGCCAGCAAGAUAUGGUUGCCUAACCCUUAUCAUGCGCCAUUGGAUAAACAUGAUAUCCCCAAGGUAGCUGAAAAAAAUGUUUCUGAUUCAAAGAUGCAGUCGAGUCCCCUUGAGCAAGAGGACAAACAUUCUGAAGAAGCAUCGGUUAUGCAAAGGCCUCCUAAUUUAUCAUGUGGUGUUCGCAGUGUUAGACGACCUGCUGUUUGGGGACGUACUCCAGCAAAGAAGAACCUUUCCAUGGAAUCCAUUGAACUCCCUUCUGAUGAUGAGACUGAAAUCCAAAAGCUUGAGUGUAUCAAAGUAGAUUUACAAACCAGAAUUUCAAUUGAGGCAAUGGAGAAUUCGCGUCUACUAAAUAGUCUACAGAAGCAGAAGCAUGAUUUGCAUGAACAUCGCGUAGCUCUUGAGAAAGAAGUGGCAAGUUUGCAAGAGCAGUUAGAGAAUGAGGUGGAGUUGAAGGCAAUACUUGAAGUUGCAUUGAAUAAGUCAGAAAUUCCUUUCUCUAUUUCACCACUUGUUGACGAGAAGAUGAGGGCGGAGCUUGAUGAAAUUUCUCGGGCAGAGGCGGAUGUCGCGAAUUUAAGAAAAAAUGUCGAUGACCUUGAAUUUCGACUUGAUCAACAGCGAGAACAAACUUCUAAGAUGAAGGAUAAAAAGACAGAUGGUGAACUCGUAGCUGUCUCAAGAACUUGUGAAAGUUUUUCUAAUAGUAAUAAGGUAGGGGAUGGUACGCAGAAUCCAAACGCUGCAGGAUAUAUGACAUCAAAUGUCGAGAUGAGCACAAGUAGGACAGGUCAUGCUCAUAGCGUGUCUAGAAAAUCCAGCACAAAGACUGAGGGAAACAAUUCCACAACUUCUGCUCUGUCAAAGCUGACAAACAGACUUAACUUCUUAAAGGAACGUCGUACACAAAUCGCAAGCGAGCUCCAGAACUUGGACAAAGCUCGCCAGCCUGUCCUUAACCUUGAACAACGUAACUGUCAGUUUGUAGAUGAGCCCAAAGGACAACAGUCCUCGGACAACUAUGGAUUUAGUCAUACUUCAUAA